GCCAGCAGCAUAAGCAAACACACGCAGCCUACCAGCCAGCCGAAGCCGAGGAGGCAGCCGCGUAAGGACCUGCGCGGAUAAUUUAUAAAUAGAGUACAGGGAGAUAUCGACUAGCUGGCUCACCUGGCCGCUAGCAGCACGCUACCCGCAGUAGCUGACACGAGGCCGAGAAUGGCUGCUGCUGCUGCUGCAUGACCGCCAUGCAGGACUGGAUCACCAGCGUCGACAAGAGGCCGCAGGACAGGACGGCCCGCGACAUUGAGGCGAUCACCAGCAAAAUGCGGGCGCUCGACAUACUCGCCCGCUUGCCCAACAAUGUCCUCCAACAGCUUGCCGCCUGCGUCUACUACGAGGACCUCGAGAAAGGAGUCACUCUUUUCCGGCAAGGAGACAAAGGAUGCAAUUGGUACGCGAUAUUAUCUGGCUCUUUGGACGUCCGAGUCAAGCAGGAAAACUCCGCCAAGGGAGUCCAACAGGUGUCCAUCAGGCGGCUGUCGACGGGAUCGGUUUUCGGCGGCGACAGCAUCGUGCUCGGCGUGGUCCGCGACUCGACCGUGGUGACACAAGAGUCAUGCGAGCUCUUACGCGUUGAGAGUCACGACUUCACUUCCGUCUGGCAGCGCAACAAGGAGGUGCUCGGGGACCUCGUGACCUCGGCCACAGCGGCCCGCCUCAAGAAUGGCUACGAGACACCACCCCCAGGAGGAGGCACUCCGCAGCACAGGAAAUCGUUUGCGGCCGCCAGCCCCGCGGAGAGCCCCGUGCCGGCGUGCAGCUCGCAGCAGCAGCCCCUGUCGGAGAAUGGCUCUCGAGCUGGCUGGGUGCUACACACGUUGCUGCAGUUGAAGGCUCCUGGCCUGUUGAGGGAGCGGAAGUCGUCGACGGGUCGCGUGCUGCGAAGAUGCGCCGCCGGCACCGACCUGGUCGAGUGGCUGAUGACCAUCGGCGUGCACAGUAGGCAGCAGGCCACUGCCAUGUGGCAGGUGCUUCUCGAGGAGGGCGUCAUUUCACACGUUUCUCGCGACCAGCCGUUCAAGGACAAGUUCCUGCUGUACCGGUUCUGGCAGGACGACGAGAACGGCGCAAGUGUGGCGCCAACAGAGGCUGACGAGGCCCAGGCGCAGGCCGAGCUGAAGGAUGCGUUGGCCUAUCUGACACAGAAGGCACCAGACGCGAUGAUGCGGCUCAUCUUGAGGAAACCAACGCACGAGAGAACCUCGGACGACUUGGAGACCAUCUACGAGGAGCUGCUGCACAUCAAGGCGCUCUCGCACCUCUCCAACUCCGUCAAGCGCGAACUGGCAGCAGUCAUCAUCUUCGAGUCGCACCAGAAAGCUGGCACUGUUUUAUUUCACCAAGGCGACGAGGGCCACUCGUGGUACAUCAUUCUGAAAGGGUCGGUGAACGUGGUGAUUCAUGGGAAGGGCGUGGUGACCACCCUGCAGGAGGGUGACGACUUCGGAAAACUAGCCCUGAUCAACGACGCGCCGCGCUCGGCCACGAUAGUGCUGCGAGAGAACAAUUGCCACUUUCUCCGUGUCGACAAAGACAACUUCAAUCGCAUCCUGCGCGACGUCGAAGCCAACACUGUGCGCCUCAAGGAGCAUGGCAGGGACGUGCUGGUCCUUGAGAAGAUCUCCCCAGCCACCAAUGCAUUCUCACACUUCAAAUACACUGUGAUGGCUGGGACACCACAAAAAAUGCUGGAGCAUUUACUUGAAACGAGACUUGACGGUAGAAUAGGACAAACCAGAGAAGAGGGACCAAGCGAUCCGUUCUUGGACGACUUUUUACUCACCCACAUCGUUUUUAUGCCCACUCACCAAUUGGUCACCGAGCUGGCCAGACACUAUAGGAUCGACUCUCCAAGCCAAGACCGAGAAUUCCUGGUGGCGUGUAAAAGGAGGGUGGUCCACUUUGUUCACCGCUGGGUCAGUACCAUCAGGCAUCCUGUGUUUGAGGAGCCGAGCGCCUUCGCGUUCUUGGAGGAGCUCUCAGGGGAGGUGAGCGACGACAACGCCAGGUGGGAGAUGGAGGACGAGAAUGCCAAGAUGACGCAGGUGAUGGACGAGUUAGCGCAGUGGAGCACCACACAAAGUGUGUCCCAAAAGUGGAAGCUGCCGCCGGGUGGGCAGCCCAUCUCGGCAUUCGGCUCGGACACGCAGAGAGAUCUCAGAAUGCGGCCCCAGGAUGACAUUAUAUUCCGGGUUUACUGCGCCGACCACACGUACUGCACCCUCCGCUUCCCUCUCAGCUCGAACGCCGAAACUGUCAAAGUCAGCGCCGCUGACAAGCUGGGCUUGAAACAUGAUGAUCUCAUUUUAGUAGAAGUCAAAUCCUCAGGAGAAAGAGUUGUCUUUAAAGAUAGUGAUGUGAGCGUUCCAACUGCACUUAGUUUGAACGGAAGAAUAUUCGUUUCACCAAAGGAGCAUCUGGAAGCUCUGACUUGUUUGCCUGAUCAAGAAACGCCAACAGAAGGGUCGGUUGGUGACCUCGAGCUUUUCAGCACCAAAGAACUGGCCUUCCACAUGACCCUCUUCGACUGGUCCCUGUUCUGUGCAGUGCACGAGUACGAGUUAAUCUACCACACUUUUGGGCGGCACCACUUCCAAAAAAUCACUUCCAAUCUAGAUGUCUUCCUGCGCAGAUUUAACGAAAUUCAAUUCUGGGUGGUCACAGAAAUCUGCCUGACGUCCAGUGUCAGCCGCAGAGUGCAGCUUGUUCGCAAAUUUAUCAAACUGGCAGCUUAUUGCAAGGAAUACCAGAACCUGAAUGCAUUCUGCGCAGUCGUGAUGGGCCUGUCAAACCUGGCUAUCAGCCGGCUGUCGCAAACCUGGGACCGGGUGCCGUCAAAGGCGAGGAAAGCGUUCACCGAGUUUGAGGCGCUGAUCGACCCGAGCCGCAACCACCGAUCCUACCGCAUGGUGGUAGGCAAAAUGAGGGCCCCAGUAGUGCCGUUCAUGCCACUGCUGCUCAAAGAUAUGACUUUCACCCACGAGGGAAACAAAACGUGCCUCGAUGGGCUGGUCAACUUUGAAAAAAUGCACAUGCUUGCGCAAACCAUGCGAACGAUUCGCUACUGCAGGACGUCCCAAUCAGCAUCAUUUGAGCCACCGUCUCCGAAAAACGAAGCCGAGGUGAAAGCGUACAUCCGCUGCCUGAGAGUGAUAGACAACCAAAGGGUGCUGACGAGUUUGUCCCACAAGCUGGAACCGCGGCGGUCCUAAACCUCCACAAGAUAAAGAGCUUUCAGUGUACACACAGUCUUGCAAUUUACAAUUUGUAUGUGUUAGCAACACCAAUUAUAUACUCUGGAUGUCGUGAUCAAAUUAAUAAUUAAUAUAAAUUACCAUCUGACUGUCUGGUUGUAAAGAGCAUUAAAUAUGUAUUAUGAAAAAGAUUACUGCGCAUACCUCCUUUGGUGUUGAGAGAUAAAUUAUACCAGAUUCGCUUGCAUCAUCAUUGCAAUAACCUAUUUAUAAAAUGUACUUGAGACCACGCUGUUAUGUAAGCAUAAUAUACAAAUUUGUAAAUAACAGUAUUUUAUGGUGUGCCUUUUGUACCUACUAUGAAAAAUACUUUGUAAAUAAAUCCAACUGAAUUCUCGAUAUUUAUACAAGGAUCAUGGUUAUUACAUGCUGAGAUGAAUAAACACGCGCGCUCUUUUACAUUGCACGGGGAAUAAAUUAAGUCGGAUUUGUUCACCAGACAGAUAUGUAUUUGAUAUAAUCUAGGAUGUGUUAAGGAUGUGCAUACAAUCAAAAUUUUGCGGUCGUUUAUGGCGGAAUUAAGAUCAAAGAUUGAACAAAAAAUGACAAUUUAAUUGCAAUUUCAUAUCUGCGUAUUUCAAACAAUUCAGUCAGUGUCGUGUGGACUGUCGCCUGUCGCCCUUUACAUUCUCUCACUCUUACGACAAUCACCGCGAUAUGCAAGUUAAAUUAAUGAUAAAAUCCAAACAAAGAAAAGAAAGAAACUUCUCAAUUUCCAGUCAAUUUUUGCGUGUCACUGUCCCCUCCACUGUUCUAAACUUACAGUUCCAAUGUGAUCUUGAAAAAAGAAAUAGUGCAUCUAUUUACACAGCACAAACACUUUCUUCAUAUUUGAAGACUUAUUAAACACAGUUAUUGUUGUACAUUGUUCCUUGUUACGAAUGUAUCAAAUUAACACGCACACUACACGCCAUGGUGUAUGUUGUCUGCUACUGCUGCUAUUUUAUAUUUCAAUGUUACUCAGUGCACAACGUUUUCUAUCUCAUCAAAGAGCAAAUAAAUUUGUCACUACUAUACACACGCAUUCCAA